AUGCGUACCUAUACUCAACUCCCCACGAACCGUUCCUGCGAUAUCAUCGCGGCCCUCCAAGCCGAGUGUCGCCCAAAGAUUGGCCAAGCACGGCGUCACCGUCUCUUGGCUGCCUCUGUUGGGCUCCCCUGCCACCCAAGGCCGCUUUCACUGGGCCGCGUCGGUGCCCUUCUGCAAUGGCCGGCGCUCAAAGAAGAGUUCUGCUGCAUCUCACGAGCCGUUGUCGGCGGCCACGCUGGUGUUGUCGACACCCUGGCCCCGGAACUCCACGUCGUUCUUGCAUUUCUGCUUCCUGGGCUGGCUGUCGAGUCUGACAUGGAUCUGCAAACCUUACAAGAACUCUUUGGCAAGGCUGUUCAAGCCAGCGCCUGCAGCAGUCAAGGGGUUGGGGCAAAUACUGGCCAUGAAAAAGAAGUUGCUACGCUGCGCACAUAUGGGCUGGAUGUCUGCCUGGAAAUGGCCAAGGAGCCGACUGAAAACGCAGAUGUGAACUACGUUUACGCGCGGUCCAUUCUCAGGCUACUGCUGCGGAUAAGGCGCAAAGAUGAUUACAAGCACAUGGUACACUGGGUUCGGGGUGCGGACUUGUUCACCCAGGUCUGGGUGUUCUUUUCUACCCUGGCGUUUAUGCAGUUUGAGGAUCUAGACGCUGCCUACGACCGUUUGAGCCUUGGGGAGAAGGCGAGACUCAAGAUUGUCGGGCUUUUGAGGAAGGAAUUUUAG